AUGAUGGAGGGAUUUCCUGUAGAUAUGACGGAAGAUGAUAUCGGGGCCGAACUUCAGAACGCAUACCACAUUAGUGGACUGGAGGAAAUUCGAGUAAUUCGAGACCGUCAAACAAAACUUUCUCGGCAACUUGGAUUCCUUCGAUUUCACUCCGUUCACGACUCACGGGCCUUUCUGGAACGCAAUCACCCAUUCAUUUAUCUUUAUGGACCUAGCGCUGGAGAAAAUGACAGAAGCACGAAGGUCCGCAUAGCUUACAGCCGCGAGAGGGAUGACCGAGGUCGGGCGAAGGCCGAAGGUGAUUGGACGUGUCGAAUGUGCGCGGUUGUAAAUUUUGCGACUCGGUCAAAAUGUUUUCGUUGCAACGCCCCUCGACCCGAGAUGGCGUCCGCUGGUCCACCUGGGGUUCCGGCUCCAAAGGUUAUCAACAGCGGUGACAACGAUGCAGCCGCCGAAACCCAGCCGUCGCAAUUUCUUCUCUUCCGCGGCCUGGAGCCCUCUGUUUCAGAGGAACUUUUCGCCAAAGGAGUUGCUAAACUGUAUAGACCGCACCCAGCGUCGAACGAAAAUACUUCAAGCAAUUUAAAGAAAGGGGCAAAGGUGGCAUCGACUACUGGAGAUGCUAACUUGGGGGCACGAGAGGGCUCGAUCCGACGCGUCUUGCUUGUUCGGGACCGCAAAACAAAUGAAAGCUGGCGCUUUGGAUUUGCUGAAUUUGCGAAUGUGAUGGAUGCUCAAGCUGCCAUGACACGGUUGAACUCGUUUGAAAAAUUCACAAUCUCGUCCCGUCCGGUUAUGGUCAGUUAUAUCCACGCUGGAGUUUUCGUGCCUGUUAUGGAUCCUACGCCCAGUAGAGCCCGGUUCACCUUCAGCCCACUGGGAAACCCUUCUUUGAAGCUCAUGUACUGGGAUGAUGAAGGCUACGUAGCUGAGCUCAUGCUUUCUUCCGGCGAAGACGACAUAAGCCAGGAUCAUCUCAAAAGCUCCAAAGCCUCGGGAACUCAACAGGACGCUCAAUCAAAGGCUCCAAAAGACACCGAGAAAGCAAAGAAAAGGAAGGCUGAUGCUACCACGAGUGCAAAUGCGAAGAAGCUUGCUAUGCCCUCUUACCUCCAGUUCUGGAGUAAUCGACAUGCCGAGCUUCAUGGAAUUCCGAAAGAUGGUGAUGGGAAACCAGCAGAUGCUGGAACGGAAAGAGGAGAUCUACCUGUCGACCCAGACGCCCCGCCCACUCAAUCGUAUGCGGACCUCAACAGAAACUGUUGUUAUCUCUGCAUGCGACAAUUCAAAAACGCCGCCAAUGUCAAUCGCCACGAACGACUCAGCCAACUUCACAGAGAGAAUAUUCAGAACGAAGAAGCAAGAAACAGAGGAAUGGCAAAGCUAAUCAAGCAUGGAAUUGUCCCACCACCCGCAGAGUAUCGCGAUCGUGCCAGAGAACGUCGCAAGGCAUUCGGCCGUACUAAGACCGGCGCCUCCAAGAAGCAACCCGUGCGAAAUGAGGAGCAACACGACCCCCCGGUGCAAACCACAUCGAAGGGUGCCUCUCUUCUAAGCAAGAUGGGCUGGUCAGAGGGCUCUGGCUUAGGCGCUCAAGGCACUGGUGUAACAGCCCCCAUUGCUACGGAGGUUUAUGCACAGGGUGUUGGGUUGGGAGCCCAUGGCAGCAAGCUCGGCGAUGCUGUUGAAGAAGCCGGACGGAAUACACGUAGCCGAUACGAUGAGUUCCUGGAGAAGACCAGGGAGACAGCUCGCCAGCGCUAUGAUCAGAUGAACCGGUGA